AUUUCAGCCUACGGAAAGUCACCCAUUAUCACUGCCUUUUGGCGUAACGGUUAAGGGACGACAGUCUUAGGCUGACUACUUACAGAAACACGUCAAGUGAAUGACUAAGCGACAUUUACAGUCUCAUGCACGCAAUCAUGAUGAUGCUGAGCACAACUUUCAGAAAUGUUGCAGUGUCGUGAGAGGUGGCAUAUUCGCCGACCGGGUUUGCUUGACCGUGGACAUUGAGACUACGCGGUCGAGAAUUUGGUACUUAGCUGGGGAUGCAUCGCUGCUAGUGAGCCCAAAGGCGCACACACUUACCUUAAGUGCGCAUACCGUUGCCUUUCUCAGAGUUUUUGCGACUGAAUAAGGUCUCGUAAGUUCGUCCCUCUUAUUUGUGUAGCUGAACAAAUACUCGAGGCGCGCAAAUACUAGCUGUAUCCCAAGUUCCAACGUUACUUAUCCCAUUUACAUUGUGCCACAGCCAUGCAGCCAGGAGUCUACCAACUCAUAAACCGCCAGAGCGGUACAGCACUGGAGUUGCUCAAAAAUGAUUACACGCGUGUUGCUGGAUAUCCACCUUGCGAUGAUGCUGCUCAAAAGUGGGAAAUAGCACCUCUCGGAGCAGGAUACACCAUUCGAAAUAUGCACACAGGUACAUACUUUUCUAUGAAAGAACUUCGUUGUGGCGCUCCCGUCUUUGUGGGACAUUUCCCCACUGCAUGGCAACUUGUCACCGUGAAAGUGAGUGACGAAAACACUGAAAUGAUCGAAAUACACUGGCCGAAUACGGGAUUCAUGUUUGAUCUGCGCAAUGGAACUUCAACUCCUGGAUCAGAGGUGGGCCUUACGGAGAUGAAAUUAGAUCCGCAAAAGCAACGUUGUAGAUUGUGGAAGCCCGUCUUCCUUCAACACAUCAAUCACUCCGUUUGUGUGGAGCGUGCUCAAGAAGACGAUGAAACAUCAGACACUACUACUAUCAAUGCAGCUGAUGUGCCAGAAGGAGGCGAGCUUGUCCUGGUUACGACCACUACUACGAGAACAGUGGUUACAAAAGUGCCCAGGCGGUCGGUCUGUAUGAUCUAGGGGAGAACAUGACAUGAUAGUUGUAGGAAACACUUUCCUACGUCACGAGCUUUCAUCCGAUUCAAAUGUACGUAGCUUUGUAUGCAACGGAAGCCAAAAUGCGAGCCUCUUUACUGCAAUAGGCUGAUUAGUACAGUCCUUCC